AUGCAGGGUCUCCCACGGGUGGACCCCAGCGACAUGAGCCUGCAGGAGUCAGUCCCCUCGGAACGUCGCCCGGAGCGGGAGAGGAGGGUGGAUCCAGGGGUCACGGCAACCCCCCCCCCCGGCCACACACAGGCCCCGGAUUCCCUGCAACAAGGACUCCGCUUCGACACCAGCGCCCAGCGCCUGUACCCUGGGGCCAGCCUGGCCUCCCUGAGGAGACCUUUCCCUCGCAGGGGCUGGCGAAAGGGCCCACACGCUGCUCUGCUCCCCGAUGACCCCCUUCCGGUACGCCCGUUCCAUGCCAGCCCCGUGCCAGGGGGCAUCACCACGCUCUGUAAUAGAGCGAGGUUCACGUCCACGUCCUUGGCCCCAGGCCAGACCUGCUCUCCGGCCCCGUGCGACCAAGGUCUCGGUCUUCCAUCUUGCUGGGCACCCAGGAAUGCAGAAGAGGCUGAGAAAGAUGCAGAAGUGGUGACGUCCCGCAGGGCAGCUGGACCACAGCACCGGGCUUUCUUCACUAACAGAUGGACCUGGCCCUUGCCACCUUCCCCCGAACAUCCUGACCCCGGACGGGAGUCCCUGCCUUCACACUGCGGCCCCUCGCCCAGAGACGUGCGCUCAGCCCCGCGUGGCUCCCCAGGGCCCCCAGUCCUCGCACCCCCCCCCCACUUCCUGCAGUUAGGCCCCUCUACCCCUCAGGACCCCAGGACCCUCACGCUUCUCAGAGACCUGCCUUUACCCGAGCGCCAGCCCAGCAGCAGCAGCCCCCACCCCACGCGCAGCAGCCCCCGGGCCGCGGGCAGGACGACUCCGGCGAUGCCCAUGCCCUUCAGAGCCGGGGGCCUGCCUCCUGGACGCCGCCCCCGGGGCUCCCGCAGCCCCCUGACUCCGCUGUUGCCCGGCCCCAGGCCGCCGCGCUCCCUUAAGGGGCUUUACUACCGCAGGGCGCGCAAGGUGGGCGCGCUGGGCGCCUCGCCCGCGGCGGACCUGACGAGGGAGGUCAGGGUCAACGUGGGCGGCCGGCGGUACGCCCUCCCCUGGAGCACGCUGGACGCGUUCCCGCUGAGCCGCCUGAGCAAGCUCAAGUUCUGCCGCAGCCACGAGGAGAUCGCGCAGCUCUGCGACGACUACGACGAAGACAGCCAGGAGUUCUUCUUCGACCGGAGCCCCAGCGCCUUCGGCAUGAUCGUGAGCUUCCUGGCGGCCGGCAGGCUGGCGCUGCUGCGGGAGACGUGCGUGCUGGCCUUCCGGGAGGAGCUGGCCUACUGGGGCAUCGAGGAGGCGCACCUGGACCGCUGCUGCCUGCACGAGCUGCUCCGGAGGCUGGAGCAGCUGUCGGAGCUCCGCCAGCAGGAGGCGCUGCACCUGCAGCGGGAGGCGGGGCGACCGGCGGGGGAGCCCUCGCGCUGGGGCAUCUUCAUGAACUGGCUGCGGGAGACGGUGGAGAACCCGCGCUCCGGGCUCCCGGGCAAGGUCUUUGCUUGUCUGUCCAUCCUCUUCGUGGCCACCACCGCCGUCAGCCUGUGUGUCAGCACCAUGCCCGACCUGAGGGCCGAGGAGGACAAGGGCGAGUGCUCUCAGAGGUGCUACUACAUUUUCGUCGUGGAGACGGUCUGCGUGGCCUGGUUUUCGCUGGAGUUCUGCCUGCGGUUCGUCCAGGCGCAGAGCAAGUGGCGCUUCUUCCAGGGGCCCCUGAACAUCAUCGACAUCCUGGCCAUCUCCCCGUACUACGUGUCGCUGGCGGUGUCGGGCGAGCCGCGGGACGACGGCGCGUACCUGGAGAAGGUGGGGCUGGCGCUGCGCGUGCUGCGGGCGCUGCGCAUCCUCUACGUGAUGCGCCUGGCGCGCCACUCGCUGGGGCUGCAGACGCUGGGCCUCACCGUGCGCCGCUGCGCGCGCGAGUUCGGCCUGCUGCUGCUCUUCCUCUGCGUGGCCGUCACGCUCUUCUCGCCCCUGGUCUACCUGGCGGAGACCGAGUCCGGGAGGGUCCUGGAGUUCACCAGCAUCCCCGCCGCCUACUGGUGGGCCGUCAUCUCCAUGACUACGGUGGGCUACGGCGACAUGGUGCCGCGCAGCGUGCCCGGCCAGGUGGUGGCGCUGAGCAGCAUCCUGAGCGGGAUCCUCAUCAUGGCCUUCCCCGCCACGUCCAUCUUCCACACCUUCUCGCUCUCCUACGUGGAGCUCAAGAGGGAGCAGGAGCGGGUGCAGGCCGCCGCGGCCAGCGAGCGCGACCUCCUGAGCGACGUGGACGACCCGACCCCGGGGGGCCCCCCCGCGUCGCCCGCUAAGUACGUUUAA